AUGAGAAAUAACCAAAAUAAUAAUGAAUGGCAAGGAGAAGGUAGCAACAAUAACAAUGGAGGAGGGCCGUGUGGAGCAUGCAAGUAUCGAAGAAGAAAAUGUGAGGAAGGGUGUGUUUUCGCACCUUACUUUGACUCUGAACAAGGUACGGUUCACUUCGAGGCCGUGCACAAGGUGUUCGGAGCUAGCAAUGUGUCCAGGCUUCUGCACCGCAUCCCGGUUCAUCGUCGUCUUGACGCGGUUGUUAGUCUUUGUUAUGAAGCCUUAUCUAGGGUUCGUGAUCCGGUCUUCGGUUGUGUUGCUGAUAUUACCACCCUUCAACAACAGGUUACUAAAAUGCAAGCUGAAUUAGCCAUAGUAAAAGCGAAGCUGGCAACGUUACACAGCUUUACACCCACAUUUAAUGAAGCCAAUUACACACCAAAUUCUUGGUGGGUUGAUGAAAUCUCAACCAGCGCAAGCACUAAUAGUAACACACUUAAUUCCAUGCCUACGUUCAAGAAUGACUUUGGGUUGUAUCCACCAUCUCCUUUGGUUUCAGCAGGUGCAUGUGCUGGAGGAUCAUCCAUAACACCAUCAGAAUUACCCAACUUUUCUAACUUAAAUGAUAAUUAUCAACAAGAUGACAUGCUAGUUUUUGAAGAAGGUGAUCUCCAAACGUUGACCCGCGAAUAUUUAUCUAAGUUCCGGUGGAACCAUGCCUUGUACAAGGUAAGGCAUGGUAUGAAGGUUGCUCGCUUGAGGCAACAUGAAAAAGCAAGUCAGAAUGCACCAGAGGAGGGUGCUCAUUCGAAUUUAGCCAAUGGAAGCUUUUUGAUGAAAGUGCUUAUUCGAGCACUUUAG